GCCACACGAUUUGACACUAUUUUGUCAACGAAUUAAAUCUCCGUACGUCUAAAAUUACCGCUGUGUGCCCUAUCCUUCUAUUUAUGCUCCUAAGCAAAUCGAUUGGCUUCGCUGAACCCAAAUUAAACCAAAUUUCAACGGAAAUCUUCACUUAGAAUUUCGCAUAGUCACGUUCGAGAAAAAAACUUUUAACGGUAAAAUUAUGAGCGAAGAAAAAGCAAAACGCUCCGGACGAAUUCCGGUGCGUGUUAAACCAGGAACGCGAAAAAAUCAAACAGUUGCAACCGGAACUAAACCCGGAAAAGAAAAAUGGGUGCCAAAGAGCAACAAACCUUCCAGAAUUCCAGUUUUGGUAAAAAGGCGCCCGAAAAAAAUCAUUAGGAACAAGUCGUACACCAAAGUUAAAAAAGCGCCACCACAAAAACCAGAACCAAAAUUGAAUGAAGAAAGUGGUGGAAAAAACCACUGGCACGAACGUGGAGAUUUUGGAGACAUACGUCGCAAGUCUAGUGUUACUUUGAAAAAAUCAGCUGUUAUAGUUCGAGAAAAGGGCGAAGAAAUCCCCCAGAUAAUUUUUAAUGAAGAAUUUGAAGAAAGCGAUACUUUAAGCUCAAGUACGCUGUCUUUGAACAGUGAAGAACUAGUGUUUUUUAGUCGCAUCGAGGAAAUGAGUAGUUGCGAAUUCGAAACUAUUUUCGACGGUCAACUUGAAGCAUUGGACGAUUUUGACUUAAUGCCACUUCAGCCCGAGUACGCUUUCGAAAAAGAAGAAGAAGAAAAAAGUCACUCUGUUUCCGAAAUUCAAAAUGCUGAUUAUUUCCGCUGUAAAAACUACCUCCAAUCGUCCUUCCCCCUUAUAGUCAUGGCCCAAUUCGACACCAAAACUCCUCCCCUUCCUCCGCCUCAAUCAGAAGGGGUCUUAAUAAAGCUCGAAGAAGAAGAAGAAGAAGAAUUUGAAUAUGAGCCAGAAUGGAAAGGCAGCGAAACAAGUAUCGUAAUUCAACGCUACAUUGAUUCGGGUUUAAGGCCUUUAAAGCCGGACGAGUCACGUCUAUAUCUCGAUCCAAUCCAUUAUCAAAGAAAGAAGAAAGUUCCAACGACUUACGAUGGAGUCCAACCACUUUUACAAGACAUUCCGUCCGAAAUCUUUCAAACUCCGAAAGUUCGUAAAACGGAGAGUCCACAAAAAGUGGGGCCCGAAUCAGAAGUUUUGAGCGAAAAAGAGUCAGAAUCAAGUGAAGAAAGUCUGGAAAUACCAACAACUCCCGAAAGUAUUGACACUGAACCGUUGAAGAAGUUGCAAGAGCUCGAAGAUACGACUUUCACCAUCGAAACUGACAAGGAAGAAGAAGAGCCCGAACAAUUGGAAGAGAAAGAAGAAGAGCCUGAAGAUUUAGAAGAGAAGGAAGAAGAACCCGAAAUUAUAGAGGAACAGGAAGAAGAACCGGAAAUCAUAGAGGAAAAAGAAGAAGAGCCUGAAAUUAUGGAGGAAAAAGAAGAAGAGCCUGAAGUUAUAGAGGAAAAAGAAGAAGAGCCUGAAAUUAUAGAGGAGAAAGAAGAAGAGCCUGAAAUUUUAGAGGAGAAGGAAGAAGAGCCUGAAAUUUUAGAGGAGGAAGAAGAAGAGCCUGAAAUUGUGGAGGAAAAAGAAGAAGCGCCUGAAAUUAUAGAGGAGAAGGCAGAAGAACCUGUAGUUUUGGAGGAGAAAGAAGAAGAGCCUGAAACUGUGGAGGAGAAAGAAGAAGAGCCUGAAAUUAUAGAGGAGAAAGAAGAAGAGCCUGAAAUUAUAGAGGAGAAAGAAGAAGAGCCUGAAAUUAUAGAGGAGAAAGAAGAAGAGCCUGAAGUUUUAGAGGAGACGGAAGAAGAAAAAGAGCCUGAAAUUUUAAAAGAGAAGGAAGAAGAAGAAGAACCUGAAAUUUUAGAAGAGAAGGAAGAAGAACCUGAGUCUGAAAUCAUAGAGAAGAAAGCAGAAGAGCCUGAAAUUAUAGAGGAGAAGAAAGAAGAGCCUGAAAUUUUAGAGGAGAAAGAAGAAGAGCCUGAAAUUGUGGAGGAGAAAGAAGAGCCUGAAAUUUUAGAGGAGAAAGAAGAAGAGCCUGAAAUUGUAGAGAAGAAAGAAGAGCCUGAAAUUUUAGAGGAGAAGCAAGAAGAAGAAGAGCCUGAAGUUUUAGAAGAGAAGAAAAAAGAGCCUAAAAUCAUAGAGAAGAAAAAAGAAGAGCCUGAAAUUGUGGAGGAGAAAGAAGAAGAGCCUGAAAUUAUAGAAAUAAAAAAAGAAAAGCCUGAAAUUUUAGAGGAAAAAGAAGAAGAGCCUGAAAUUUUAGAAGAGAAAGAAGAGGAGCCUGAAAUUUUAGAGGAGAAAGAAGAAGAGCCAAAAAUCAUAAAGAAGAAGGAAGAGGAGCCUGAAAUCAUUGAGGAGAAAAAAGAGUCAGUAAUCAUAGAGGAGAAGGAAGAAGAGCCUGCAAUUGUGGAGGAGAAAGAAGAGGAGCCUGAAAUCACAGAAGAGGAGGAAGAAGAGUCUGAAAUCAUAGUGAAAAAAGAAGAAGAGCCUGAAAUCAUAGAAGAGAAGAAAGAAGAGCCUGAAAUCAUAGAGACGAAAGGAGAGCCUGAAAUUAUAGAAGAGAAGGAAGAAGAGCCUGAAAUUGUGGAGAAGAAAGAAGAAAGGCCUGAAGAACCUUUUGAAUAUAAGCCUAAAGAGUUGAAAAAAAGAGAACAAGACGAGUUUUGCAUUCAUACAAGAGAUGCCCCUUAUGAAGGCGAUUCAGGAGAAUUUUCCUCCACUUCGACUCUAACAGAUGAAGUAAUAGAGUGGAAGGAAAGAAAACAACGAACCAUCUUCAAAAUCAUAAGAAUAAAAGACGAGUUUUGUGUUCACACUCACAGCCCUGUGUCUAGUUAUAGUGACAGUAGUUGCUCAUGUGCGAAUUUAACCGAAGAAGAAGAAGUCCCUAAAACCAAAAUUCAGACUUCACCACAACCAAAAUUUGACCAAAAAGUCAAAAGUCGGUCUCGCCGAACAAAAAAUUUAGAAAAAGGAGACCAAAAUACCAAAAAGUUAACAGAAGAAAAAUCUAAAGACCAACAAAUUCAGACUUCUUCAACAAGUGGCAGUCUGACCGAAAAAAACAAAAUUAAAACUAGGGAUGCUGCAAGUUUGGCCACAACUGAAAGUUUAAUAAAAUACAUAGCAACAGCUUCUCAAACAAAAAGUACCCAAACUGUCGAUGCGAGAAGUUUGGAUUCUUGCGAAUGUAUAACAGAGUACAAAAGAUCCAGAAAACAAAGUACGUCGGAUAAAAGCCUCCAAGUCCAGAUUCGGACUUCACCUUCUAAUAGUUUGGCCUCACGUGAAAGUCUGACAAAGAAACAAGCAAGUUCCAAAAGUGGAAGUACAUCAGAUAGAGGUCUUAAAGUCCAAAGUAGGACUUCACCUCGCGAGAGUAUGGCCGAAGAAAGCCAAACACAAACAACUGAUGCCGAAAGUUUGGCUUCACGUGAAAGUAUAACAAAAGACAAAUCAAAAGGUUCCCGAAGUAGAAGUACGUCGGAUAAAAAUUUUACAGUCCAAAGUAGGACUUCACGUCUCGGGAGUUUGGCUGAAGAAGACCAAAUACAAACUGCUGAUGCAGAAAGUUUGGUCUCGCGUGAAAGUGUAACAAAGGACAAAUCAACAGGUUCCCGAAGUAGAAGUACAUCAAAUAAAGUUCUUAAAGUCCAAAGUAGGGCUUCACCUACCGGAAGUUUGGCCGAAGAAACUGCUGCUGCCGAAAGUAUAGUCUCACGUGGAAGCUUAACAAAAGACAAAAUAAGUUCCCGAAGUGGAAGUAUGUCGGUUAAAAGUCUUAAAAUCCCAAGUCGGACUUCGCCUCGAAGCAGUUUGGCCGAAGAAGGCCAAAUACAAACUGCUGAAGCCGGAAGUUUAGCUUCACGUGGAAGUAUAACAAAGGACAAACCAACGAGUUCCCGAAGUAGAAGUACAUCAAAUAAAGUUCUUGAAGUCCAGAGUAGGACUUCACCUACCGGGAGUUUGGCCGAAGAAACUGCUGCUGCCGAAAGUUUAGUCUCACGUGGAAGCCUAACAAAAGACAAAAUAAGUUCCCGAAGUAGAAGUAUGUCGGUUAAAAGUCUUAAAAUCCCAAGUCGGACUUCGCCUCGAAGCAGUUUGGCCGAAGAAGGCCAAAUACCAACUGCUAAAGCCGGAAGUUUAGCUUCACGUAGAAGUAUAACAAAGGACAAACCAACGAGUUCCCGAAGUAGAAGUACAUCAAAUAAAGUUCUUGAAGUCCAGAGUAGGACUUCACCUACCGGGAGUUUGGCCGAAGAAACUGCUGCUGCCGAAAGUUUAGUCUCACGUGGAAGCUUAACAAAAAACAAAAUAAGUUCCCGAAGUGGAAGUAUGUCGGUUAAAAGUCUUAAAAUCCCAAGUCGGACUUCGCCUCGAAGCAGUUUGGCCGAAGAAGGCCAAAUACAAACUGCUGAAGCCGGAAGUUUAGCUUCACGUGGAAGUAUAACAAAGGACAAACCAACGAGUUCCCGAAGUAGAAGUACAUCAAAUAAAGUUCUUGAAGUCCAGAGUAGGACUUCACCUACCGGGAGUUUGGCCGAAGAAACUGUUGCUGCCGAAAGUUUAGUCUCACGUGGAAGCUUAACAAAGGACAAAAUAAGUUCCCGAAGUGGAAGUAUGUCGGUUAAAAGUCUUAAAAUCCCAACUCGGACUUCGCCUCGAAGCAGUUUGGCCGAAGAAGGCCAAAUACAAACUGCUGACGCCAGAAGUUUAGCUUCACGUGGAAGUAUAACAAAGGAUAAACCAACAAGUUCCCGAAGUAGAAGUACGUCGGAUAAAAAAUUUAAAGCCCAAAGUAGGACUUCACCUACCGGGAGUUUGACCGAAGAAGGCCAAACUAAAACUGGUGAUGCCGAAAGUUUAGUCUCACGUGAAAGCAUAACAAAAGACAAAUCAACAAGUUCCCGAAGUAAAAGUACGUCAGAUAAAACUCUUAAAGUCCAGAGUAGGACUUCACCUUCCGAGAGUUCGGACGAAGAAGGACAAACUAAUACUGCUGAUGCCAGAAGUUUGGCUUCACGUGGUAGUUUAACAAAAGACAAAACAACAAGUUCCCGAAGUAGAAGUACGUCAAUUAAAAGUCUUAAAGUCCAAACUCGGACUUCGCCUCUAAGCAUUUUGGCUGAAGAAGGCCAAAUACAAACAGCCGAAGCCGAAAGUUUGGCGUCACGUGGAAGUUUAUCAAAGAAAAAAGGUUCCCAAAGUGUAAAUACGUCAGAUAAGAGCAUGAAAGUCCUAAGUCGGCCGUCACCACCCGGAAGUUUGGCCGAAGAAGGCCAAACUAAAACCGAUGAUGCCGGAAGUUUGGUCUCACGUGAAAGUAUAACAAAAGACAAAUCAACAAAUUCCCGAAAUAAAAAUCUUAAAGUGCAAAGUAGGACUUCACCUCUAGAGAAUUCGGCCGAAGGAGAACAAACUAAAACUGCUGAUGCCGAAAAUUUGGCUUCCCGUGGAAGUAUAACAAAAGAAAAAGGUUCCCGAAGUGGAAGUACGUCGGAUAAGAACCUCAAAGUCCAAACUCGGACUUCACCCCCCGGAAGUUUAGCUGAAGAAGGCCAAACUAAAACUGGUGAUGCCAAAAGUUCGGCUUCACGUGGAAGUAUAACAAAGGACAAAACAACAAGUUCCCGAAGUAGAAGUACGUCGGUUAAAAGUUUUAAAGUCCAAACUCGGACUUCACCUCUAAGCAGUUUGGCGGAGGAACAAACUGCCGAAGUCAAAAGUUUAGCUUCACGUGGAAGUAUAACAAAGGAAAAAGGUUCCCGAAGUGGAAGUAUGUCAGAUAAAGGCCCCAAAGUCCAAACUCGGACUUCACUUCCCGGGAGUUUGACUGAAGAAGGCCAAACUAAAACUAGUGAAGCCGGAAGUUUGGCCUCACGUGGAAGUAUAACAAAAGAACAAACAACAAAAUCCCGAAGUGGAAGUAUGUCGGAUAAAGAUCUUAAAGUCCAAACUAGGACUUCACCUCCUGGCAAUUUGACCGAAAAAGUUCAAACUCAAAGUGCUUCUUCUACUAAAAGUAUAACAAAAGACAAGCCAACAGGUUCCCGUGCAGAAAAUAUCCCUGAAAAAAGCCUUAAGGUUCAAAUUCGGUCUUCACGCCUAAGCAGUUUGGCCGAAGAAGGCCAAACUCAAACAGCCGAUGGUAAAACUCUAGCCUCUACGAAAAGUAUAAUAAGAGAUAAGUCACCAAGUUCCCGAACAGGAAGUAUCUCAGAAAAGAGCCUAAAAGUCCAAAUUCGGGCUUCACCUCCCGGUAGUUUGUCAGAAGAAGACCAAACUCCAAUUUCCGAUAAACCGCCAACUGUUAGUAAAAAGAAUAAACGAGAACGGCGUCCAAAAGUUCGUCAUCAACCUUCAACGAGAUCGCUUGUAGAACCCGAAAAAGAUUCGGCAAUUUCGGCUUCAACCUUAAUGCUCGUCAGUAAUAAAGAACGAAGACGUACUAAAAGUCGCAUGCAAGUCCUUUCAAAAUUACCUUGAAUCGCCAAUAUCACGUGUACUGUCAAGCAUAAUAAAAGGGUAAUUAAUUCUC